GUUGGAGAGACGGCAGGAUGGAGUUUUGCGCAUUUUCUUCUUUCCUUUUUUAUUAAUUUACCCAAACGUUUUCGGGUGCCAUGGAUUGUCUAAGUCGCUUAAGUUUCCUCCCUGUUAAACGGAUUAAGUUUCGGACGGCAUGCUAAGGAUUAAUAGCCUAUUUGAUGAUAAAUAUGGUUUGAUCACGAGACAAGUUGUGCCUGAGACCUGUGUGAGCUGAUGAUGGAGCGGAGACAGAGGGGCCGCUGCUCGGGAUGGAGCGCGCUCUGGUUGGCCCUCUCCCUCUCCUCCCUGUCCUGCCUCUCCAGCGCGACAGCAGAGCUCCACUACUCCGUGGCUGAAGAGCAACAGCCGGGCUCUUUUGUCGGGAACAUAGCGAAAGACUUGGGCCUCACGGUUCAGAAGAUUAGUGAAAGGAACAUGCUUAUUAUUUCGGAUCCCAGCGCUCAGUAUUUCGAGAUAAACUCAUUCAGCGGUGCCUUAGUCAUUAAAGAGACAAUCGACAGGGAGCGCCUGUGUGGGUUGAGUUUAACAUGUUCGUUGCACCUUAAAAUAGUUCUCCAUAACCCGUUGGAGAUGAAGCGUGUCGUUGUGGAUAUUGUUGAUGUGAAUGAUAACUCUCCGCAGUUCCCGGCUUGGAACUCAUCACUCGAGGUCUCGGAGGCGGCCGCGCCUGGAACCCGUUUCCGACUGGAGAGCGCGCGCGACCCUGAUGUGGGCGUGAACUCUCUGCGGACUUACCGUCUCGAACCGAACGACUUCUUCGCGUUAAACGUCGAGACGAAGAGCGAUGGCAGUAAGGUUCCCGAGCUUGUCCUGGAGAAGGCUCUAGAUCGCGAGGCGCACGCCGGAUUUCGCCUCCUGCUCACGGCGGUGGAUGGCGGACAGCCAGAGAAAUCCGGCACCACACUGUUGCUGAUCACAGCCCUGGAUGUGAACGAUAACGCGCCCGUUUUUGAUGAGCCAGUGAAACGGGUUAGUCUUUUGGAGAACUCUCCUCCUGGCACUAUUGUGGCCAAAUUAAACGCCACAGAUCUAGACUCUGGAACGAACGGAGAAAUAUCUUUCUUAUUUAGCAAAUACACCCCAGAGAAGAUCCUCCAGGUUUUCAGUGUGGAUGCUAAAACUGGAGAACUCCUUGUCAUUGGCGAGGUGGAUUAUGAACAGGCGAACGUGUAUGACAUCACAGUUCAGGCUCGGGACGGUGGAACUCCUGCCAUGGAGGGUUCAUGUCACAUCAAAGUGGAAAUUUCAGAUGUGAACGAUAACACGCCGGAAGUGACGUUUGCAUCCCUGACCAGUACCAUCAGCGAGGAUGCACCAACAGGUACUGUCAUCGCAUUGAUCAGCGUAAAGGACUUGGAUUCAGGUAAAAAUGGACAGAUGACAUUAAAAGUGUCUCCAGGGCUGCCGUUUAAACUGAAAUCAGCUUUUGCGGAACACUACACCCUUGUUACGGACGGCCCUUUGGACAGAGAAACCGUCCCGGAGUACACUGUCAUCGUGACAGUGACAGAUGCCGGUUCUCCUCCACUGUCCUCGAAAAAGGCGCUUGUUGUUAUUCUCUCAGAUGUGAAUGAUAACAGUCCAGUGUUCUUACAGCCGUAUUACUCUGUUGACAUCCUGGAGAAUAACGCCCCCAGUACCUCACUAGUGACAGUAUCAGCCUCAGACCCGGACUUAGGGGAGAAUGCCCGUCUCACCUACUCCCUCUUGCCGUCUACCGUCCAUGGCAGCCCUGUGUCCUCUUACGUCUAUAUCAACCCAGAGAAUGGCAAUAUCUUUACCAUGCGUGCGUUGGAUUAUGAACAAAUGAAUGCAUUUAAGAUCGAAGUACAGGUGCAGGACAGUGGGGUCUCACCACGCAGCUCCAAUGUCACCGUCCAUGUCUUCGUCAUCGACCAGAAUGACAAUCCACCCAUCAUCCUUUACCCUGCGAACUCUGGUGACUCUGGCCUCCAGUUGACCAUGCCCCGCUCUGCCCCCAUAGGCCAUCUUGUGAAUAAGAUAGUUGGUUAUGACCCCGACAGCGGGUACAACGCAUGGCUGUUCUACAGCAUCGCACCUGGUGAGGAUGCAGAAUUUUUCCACAUUGGAGCGCACACAGGCGAGCUUCGGACUACAAAGAAACUAGCCGAGGUUGAGGCAGGCGGCCAAGAGCGCUCAUCGUACAGCUUUGUGGUGAUCGUGCAGGACAAUGGACAGCCUAACCAGUCCACCAGUGCUUCUGUCACCAUCAGCAUAGAGGAGAAGAGUCCAGACACAGUCACAAACCUUCACAAAACAUCUUCUCGUAAAACAGGCGGACUCCCGGACAUAAGCCUGUACCUCAUAAUAUCACUGGGCUGCGUGACUCUGGUCUUUCUUGUGACUGUUGUGGUGCUGCUGGUGCGGUGCCUUAGACACAAAGAUGACCUAACGUGCUGCUACUCCAGGAAGGGCUUCCGUUCUCGCCAUUCUUACCAGCAGCGUUCCCAUAAGGACCUUCACCUGAAACUGAACACAGAUGGGCCCAUCCGGUACAUGGAGGUGGUGGGGGGCCCUCAGGAACCUCACACACGCACAUACAGGCCCUGCUACUCCACACUUUCCAGCAGAAGUGACUUUGUGUUUGUUAAGACUCCUCUACUGAGCCAUAACAACACUUUAAACAUGACCCUAACCCGGAAGCACUUAUUGAACUCAGCCAAUGAGCAAAAACCCCCUAACGCUGACUGGCGUUUCAAUCAGAACCAGAGACCUGGACCCAGUGGAGCCACUGCCACUCCAGAGGUCGCCAUGGGAACCGGACCUUGGCCAAACCCCCCAACCGAGGCUGAGCAGCUCCAGGCGCUAAUGGCCGCCGCAAAUGAAGUGAGUGAGGCAACUAACACACUGGGUCCUGGCACCAUGGGCCUGAGCACACGUUACAGCCCCCAGUUCACCCUGCAGCAUGUUCCCGACUACCGACAGAACGUCUACAUCCCAGGCAGCACUGCCACGCUCAGUGCCAACCCCCAGCAGUCCCAGCAGCCUCCUCAGGCACUGCCCGCUCCACAGGUCACCAGUGCCCAGGUCGAGCCGCCCAAAGCCCAGACGCCCGCUAGCAAGAAGAAGAUCACCAAGAAGGAGAAGAAAUAAAUAAAGAGAGGGAGAGGGUGUUCUGGGUAGGAUGAGGUUUUGCUUUUGGUGUCAGGGUCAAGGGGAUGGAUAUCUACUCUGGGUGAGCUUUUGUGCACUUGCUGUUUCAGAAGUAUGAAAGAAGAAUGAAUGAGAAGAAAUCAGUGUGCAGCUCCAUCUUUUUGUUUCUUGAUUUUUCAUCCAUUUCAAUCCGACCACUGACGUCUGUGUAAUAUAAGCACCUGUGGCUGGAUUAGGGAGUUAUGUACAAUAGUUUCACAUUGGGAUGAAGUUUUUUUUUUUCCUUUUGAUUUCUUAUCAAUCUGAAUGUUCCUGAGGUUGGGAGAGUGAACUCAGAUGCUGGUUGAUAUUUUUUUAAGCUUUUCAAGGACAGAACUUUUUACGUAUAAUCUAGUCAUUACAGUAUAUAACAGUAGAGGGAGAAGGGUAACCUGUGGCAACUAUCAUGACAGUGUGCUUGGGUUUGUAUUAGAGGCAUUUCAUUUUGAGCUGCAAAGAUGUUGCUACAGGUUUUGUAAAAUAUCUCAUGUUUUGAUUUUGAUGCUGUGCUUUGGUUGCCAUUAUGGACUUUUUGAAAAUAUAACACAGGAUAAGGGUUUUGAUUUGGGGAGACUUUGCUGGAAUAAGACAGAUAAUCAUUUUUGCAUGAUGCUCAACGUCAUAUAAAAUGUUAACUUGAAGAACUAUGCAUUACACGCCUGUUUUUAAAAAAAAAAAUCCCCAAAAGUGAGAGAUAAAGUUGGAUGCCUUGUUCAGUUUUUAAGCUCGACUCCCAUCAUGGAAAGUGUGUGUGUGUGUGUGUGUGUGUGUGUGUGUGUGUUGUGCUCUUCAGUGCACUCCUUUCACCUUGAGAUGAAGUUCCAUAGACAAAAUACGACUCAAAAGCUAUAAACAGAAAAAAAAAUGCCCCAUACCCCACAUACCUUAAAGUUCAAACUUUUUAUGCAAAUUUCGUAGCUUGACUGUGGAGGUAUUUUGUUCUGGCAGAGUAACAUGAAAACGAUGCUUAUAGUGAAGAAAUCAGUGAGUGGAUGCUGUACAUAAUAAUGAAGUUGUUCAAAAUAAUCAGCAGUGAGCAGUCACAGAUUUAUUACUUGGGAAUGGAAACUAGAGUCACAGUGAUUUGCGCUAGCUCUUACAAACCAGGACGUCUCGUCACCGUACACUAUAGAUCUGGAACGAUAAGAGAUAGAGAAUGAUGUUUAGUGAGGAAAAAAGCCCGUUUUUCAUGGAUCAUCCUGGUUCUGUGAUCCAGAUCAGCACCAAAAGUCAUAGCAAUGUAAUUCAACCCAGAGGUAUUCUGCAUGUGAAAUUUGGUGAUGAUUGGUUGAAAACUGAGGGGAAAAUAGUAUCCUAAAAAACAUUAGGAGAAUAGUAAAUAAGAAUAAUAAAGUAGAAAGAUCCUGAAUGAGAGUAACAAUUUGCGCCAGCGUAGCCAGCACAAAUUAACAAUACGUCCAAUUACCAAAAUACCAAAUUGUAAUUAUAUUCCUCCUCUUUUCAGCUUUUUUUUAAUUUCAUUUCAUUUUCUACACUCCUUCAUUUGAUGAAUAUUAACUUCGCCUGCUGUAAAUAGAAAACAGUCAAUACAGAGAAAUACAUAAAACACAAUAAACAAGAAAUUCUUUUUUUAAAUCAGAGCCUGAACCACAGGCUUACUACUGGAAUGUUACAUAGUGUUGUUUUUUAGUAAAAUGGGAAAAAAAUAAAAUAAACAAAUAUAUAAAAAAUAAAGAAAAUGAUCAUGCAAAUUGUUGCUGUUGCAAAAAUAGUUAUUUAGCACAAGAAGGCCAACUAACUCAACUGUAAAUAAAGAGAUUAACUUUUAAAAAGGUGAAACAAAUGUAGUCUAGAAACCUGUGAUGUUUGUGCAUAUAUAUUUUUGUGUUUUCCUCUCCUUCUCUUCCUCUCUCAUCACCCUUAAACGAAUAGACACUAAAUAAUAAAAGCCCUUCCUAAUUCUCCAUCAGUUCGCUCUUCUUUUGAGAUUUCUAUUGUGCAUAUGUGCAAGACUGCUUCUUAAUGUCUAUAUGAAGAAACAAAUAUAAUUAUUAUCUGUGUGUGUGUGUGUGUGUGUGUGUGUGUGUGUGUGUGUGUGUGUGCGCGCGCGUGUGUCUGCCAAUGGUGUAAUGCUCUGUACCCACUUUAACGUCAUCCUUAUAAAAUGCUAAUACUCCCACCUGCUCCUCAGUGUUACACUUAUUUUAUAUGCUAAUAUUUAUAUUGCUGUUUUAUUUCUUGAACACUGACAUUUCAAAUAAAAGUUCUGAAAAUGUU